GAAUUUCCUUGUCCAUUGGUUCUGUGUUCGAUGGAUGCAAUCUGUUACUCCCUCUGUUCCAUAAUUUCAUGGACAGAAUUAACUUAGACAUGCAUGCAAAUUAAUGCAAUGUAUCUCAAAUUAAUGGCAAACAAACUAUAAUCCCUUUGAGGAAGAAGAAUGCGAAAGCAAGCCUAAAACUAAAAAGGAGAUGCAAAAACAAGAACCUAAGGAGGUUGGACAGGAUGAGGAGAAAGAGCAAAAGGACAGGGAUGAAGGCCUCUUCUGCCCUGGAUCUCCCAGUUUCCGGGAAUAUUGCUGCAUUCAGUAUGAUUCUGACCAAGAGAACAAGAAUGAAGGUAAUAUAAAUGCGUGCAUGGCAAUGGAGGAGGAGGAGGAUGCAAAUAGUCACAAGGGGCCAGUACAAAAAUCUGCAAAGAGGAGGAGGAUAGGAAAAGUUUUUAGACGUUCUGGUUCAGCAAAGGUGAGAAGCAUUCCGCAGGGUCAUUAAUAUAUGGUGCAACCGAAGCUUUUACAAAAAAAAUGGAAAGAUAAUUAAAGGGUCGAAACUGAGGACCACACAAUCUCCAUCUGUGACAGACAUCAUGUGAAGAAAUGCCUUUUGUUGCUUUUCUUAUUGUUUUUCCUGGUCAAAUGUAAAGCGCAGAAUCUAUAACUUAUCCUGGCAAAUGAUGGUGUCUUCACCUUUGGAGCUUUCAUUUUUCAAUCUUAGUACAAAUAUAACUUAAAAGAAAUAUAUAUAUGUAUAGACAUAAUGCACAUAUAUAUAUGUAUCACUGUUAUGUUUGAUGGAUUACACAGUGUAGGAAAAGACUU